AUGGCGUCCCGCUCCACCAACGCCCCUACGCCCACGCUGCCCGAUGGCACGCCAAUCAUCGCAAAUGUCCGAGCGUCAACGACGACGACAACGAAGGCGACCAAGAUGACGAUGACGACGACAACGACGCUGAGGAAGAUGACGCUGAGGAACGGCGGCGGCGGCGGCGGAAAGACAAGGGGGAACAGAGAGGGCACAAACGGGUAUAUCCCUCCCUCUCUCGGCUCCCUCGUGCGCUCCCGCUCGGCUCGUUCGAUGCCACGACCGCUCAUCUGCCUCGACUACUCGUUCCCUCGGUCCCUUGCACACGCGUCCCUUCGAAUAGUUGCCUGCUCCCACCGCUGUCUCAUUCGACACAAUCCACGGUACGUCGUCACUCGCCCCAGUUCCUCCCCCGUACACGCACACCUCUCGCCCUCGACGUCCUCUCCACGUCGCCCUCAACGGCCUAUCCCUCGACUCUACCCGCCCCCUCCUCUCCUCGACACCACCGCCGUCCACCACCCCGACACGUCCUCCGCCUCCUCCACCUUCCCUCUACCUCCUCUGCCUCCUCCGCUGUCGCCACCACCACCACCCACACCACCACUACCACCGCUUCCUCCAGCUAACGCCGCUCCUCUGAGUUGUGACGCACCAUGCCCAGCGCCGGCGGCCGAGACAGCACCGUGCAGGACCAGUCCAAGCCCAUAUCCGCCACGAGCACCGCCCUCCUCCGCGCCGCCCUCCUCGACCAGGCGGCCGCUGCCGCAUCCGCAUCCGCAUCCUCGCGCCCCGGCCGGUGCUGACGGCGACAUCAGGCUCGCAGUUGCCGCCUCGGACGACACCGACUCGACGACACCGACUCGACGACACCGACUCGACGACACCGACUCGGCGACGCCGACUCGACGACACCGACUCGGCGACGCCGACUCGACGACGCCGCCUCGACCCUACCGCCUCGACGCGGCCCUGUCCCGACCACGCCGCCGCCUCAACGCUUCCGUCUCUAUCCCCACUCCCGACGACGACACCAGGUUCGCAGCCACCGCCUCCGACGACCUCGACUCGACUCCGCCGCCUCGACUCUACCGCCUCGAUGCUACCCCCUCCACCGCCAGGCUCGACCACACCUCGACCCUGCCCGGUGCCGACGACGGUCCCAGGCUCGACAACGCCGCCUCCACUGCCGGUCCCUUGCCUCGACAACGGCGCGUCGCCCGAGGUCUCGUGAACAACCCCGGCCUCCUCACCCCAGGCUCCUCACUCGACGGCGCCUCCUCACGUUUUCAUCCACCCCGCCUGCUCCUCGACAACAACAGCGCCCGCUCGACACGACGGCCCUGACGACGACACCGAGGCCUCCGCGCUGCCGCCUGCACGCUCGGUCCCGAUGACCCCAGGCGUGCAGCAGCCUUCUCGAUCCUGCCAGCUCUUCACGCUGCGGCCUGCACGCCGUCUCUACACGCC